GCUAGAACGGAUUUUUCCGAGACGGUUCUCCAUCCCUCCAACGUCCAGGACAGCGUCAACGGAGACGAACCUUCUUCGGUCCAUCACACCGUAUCAACGGAGACGAACUUUCGAGCCCAUAAUCUUGGAGACAACUCUCUCUCUCUGCGCGGGAUCUACCACCCCGGAUUGUGUAACUCAUUAUUUUUGAAACUUGAGUGACAGUAUUUGAACGUAAUGCUCCGAAUCACUUUAUUCUCUUACAUUUUAUGGAUCUAUUUUGACUUUGGAUUGGCUUGUGUUCCAAAAGAUUACGGAUUUGGAAGUAUUGUAUGCGUUUGUAAUUUAUCAAAUUGUACGCUUCUUGGUCCCAUUGAAAUAGCAAAAGCAGGAACCGCAAAAUUAUACGAAAGUACUAAGGAUGGAUCGAGAUUUAAAACCUCGAAUUUUCAAUUUUCCUCGAAACCUCCUAAAAACGGAAGGCUUCGACUUGAAAUUUCAAUCGAUAGAACAAAGAGAUAUCAAGAGAUUUUGGGAUUUGGUGGAGCUUUCACAGAUGCAGUCGGCAUUAAUAUUCUCAGUCUACCGGAACAAUUACAAGAUCAGAUAUUGCGUGGUUAUUACUCCUCCGACGGUUUGGAUUAUACUUUUGGAAGAGUACCCAUAGCCAGUUGUGACUUUUCUACACACGUUUAUUCUUAUGACGAUGUACCGGGAGAUGCGAAUCUCACUCAUUUCAAUUUAACCGAAGAAGAUUCGAAAUUGAAGAUUCCACUAAUCCACCGAGCUCAAAAAAUGCAAUCUAAGUCGAUAAAAUUGUUUGCCAGUCCGUGGAGUGCCCCAGGAUGGAUGAAAAGUUCGAGGAAGAUGGGUGGUCCUGGAAUACUUAAAGAAGAAUAUUAUCAAACUUGGGCAGAAUAUUUUGUCAAAUUUUUGAAAUCUUAUGAAAAAAAUAAUAUAAGUUUUUGGGGAUUGACGAUUGAAAAUGAACCCUCAGCAGGUUUUAUUCCUUUUUACUCUUUUCAAUCAAUGGGUUUUACUCCAGCCACCGAGAGGAAUUUUCUCAAAAAUUAUUUAGUCCCAACUCUCCGUGCCAAUCAACUAGGUCCAGAAAAAAUAAAGCUUAUCAUCAUGGAUGAUCAAAGACUUUUUCUCCCGUUUUGGCCUCUAUGGGGACUGGAUGACAAAGAAGCAAGAAGCUUUGUAUCUGGAAUUGGAUUUCAUUGGUAUUGGAAUGCCAUUUCUCCUGUAAAAUCUUUAGAUCUAACUCACGAUGCUUUUCCAGACAAAUUUCUAUUAGCUACCGAAGCUUGUUCGGGUUCUGGAAUUUUUGAAAAACCAAGCGUUCAAUUAGGAAGUUGGAAAAGAGCAGAAGACUAUGCUCACGAUAUCAUAGAGGACUUAUUGCAUUGGACAACAGGUUGGAUUGAUUGGAAUUUAGCUUUAAAUACUAACGGAGGUCCCAACUGGGUAAAAAAUUUCGUAGACUCACCUAUUAUCGUUAAUGCCACUUCAGUAGAAUUCUAUCAGCAGCCUGUAUAUUUUGCACUAGCUCACUUUAGUAAGUUCUUGCCUCCUGGAUCCGUUCGGAUUGACUCAAGCAUGAAAGGAAUACUUGAUUGGUUUAUUGAAGUGGCAGCAUUCGAACGACCAGAUAAAGCCAUAGUAUUGAUUCUCAUUAAUAGACGUUUCUUCAAAAUCGAGUACGUGUUCAGAGACGAUAAAUGGGGUUAUGUUUCAAACAGUAUACCUGCUCACGCCAUCCAGACUUAUAUUUGGAGAUCUUAAUGAAAAUGUUUGAUAAAUAAAAUUACUAAUGAAUGAAUUAAUACAGUGGAAACAUCUUAAGUAAAGCUUUUUUACAUAAAAAGAGGAAAAUAUUUUUAUUAUCAUAGGUUUUUUUUAAAAAAUUAGAUGAUUUGUCAGCAACAAAAUGUAUUAAUUACAU